AUGAAAGACCGAUUUAGGAAGGAUAGUCGGGCGGUUAUUCCUUUGGAAUUGUGUGAGGAAUUCCGUAAACAGCUCCUCUCUUGUGCUGAAUCGAGUCUGGGGAACAAUUCUUUCCAAAACACUGGAGCAGCAGCAACUGCAGCUGGUGGAACGACCACCAACGCGUCGAUUCAACAGGAGUCGGGCCCCAAGAUCUUCGACCUAUCUAAACUGAAUCCUGUGGAGAUUAAAAAUGAACAAUUAAACUUUCAGUUUGCAAUUGGAUCCGUACCCCCUGGAUUUGCGGAUGAAGAAGUUUCUGAGAAGUCACGACGUUGGAUCUCGACCAGUCCUCUAGUCCCCAACACCCAAGACGGUGCUACACCGAAGUUUGAUCCAUCUCAGCAGUGGAUGCCCUGGAACGAUUCUGGCAGUGUUGAAAUUUAUGAACCUCUGAUACCGGAUUUGAUAUGGUUUUUGAGUAAGUUUGCAUUCCCUUAUUGUUAA